AUGUCAUUCGUUAGCAUUAAGAGCACUCUUGUGCUUCUAGGCAUGAGCGGUUUGAGCUUUGCUGCCACAAUCCCUCUCCGUCGCAGCAACACUACCAGCAGCGAUUCUGAGACGGUUCGCCUCAUGGCUUCGACUCCUCAACUGGAGUACGACUCGCAGACCACGGCGGAUUGCACUUGGUGGUAUGACAAUACCCAGGCUACCAACUGCAAUGAUUUGCUGGCCAGUGAGGGCAUCACGCUUGCCAACUUCAGGCGCUGGAACCCUUCCAUCAAUGAGGCGUGCACAAACCUCGCUGUCGGUAAAUCGUACUGCGUUGAAGCAGCCUUUGAGACUGUUCCUAGCCCGACUGACCCCGAGACUCCUCCGGCGACAACCACUGCUCCGUCCAAUGGAGUCGAAACUCCUCAGCCAACUCAGCCAAGCCUCGUCGAGAACUGCAACAAGUUUUACUUUGUGAAUUCCGGAGAAUCAUGCGCCGCCAUUGCCUCUAGCAAUGGCAUAAGCCUGGCCAACUUCCUCUCCUGGAACCCCAAGGCUGGGUCUAACUGCGCCGGUCUUUGGGCCGAUGCUUAUGCCUGCGUCGGCAUCAUUGGAAGCAGCACGACUCCCACGCCCACGAACCCUGGCAACGGCAUCGAGACGCCCCAGCCUCCUCAGCCCAGCAUGGUCGACAACUGCAACAAGUUCUACCUCGUCAAGUCUGGAGACUCCUGUGCUGCUAUUGCCUCGAGCCAAGGCAUCACUCUCGCUAACUUCCUCGCCUGGAACAAGGGGGCUGGCAGCAACUGCGGCGGACUCUGGGCAGAUGCUUACGCCUGCGUUGGGAUUGUUGGAGGCAGCACUACCCCGACCAACCCUGGCAAUGGCGUCCAGACGCCGACGCCAAUUCAGACCGGCAUGACAACCAAAUGCAAGAGCUUCCACUUUGUCGAAUCGGGACAGACCUGUGCGGUCAUUGCACCAAAGUACGGCGUCACUGUUGCCAACUUGAUCUCUUGGAACCCUGCGGUUGGAUCGGGCUGCAAUGGCAUGUGGGCUGAGACUUACUUGUGCGUUGCUGUCUUGUAA